AUGGCGUCUCGAUUGGCUCUGUCUCGGCACUCUGCCGCCGCCUUGCGCGCCUUGUCACGCCCAGCGGCGCCCAUUUUCGCUCGCGGCUAUGCCACCGCCGGUGUCGGCGAUAGUUUGAACCCGUCGGCUUCGACUCGGUCCAAACUCAACCGCGACACAGAGCUCCCCAACGCCGACCCCCCAGCCGACUCGGCCAGCGCCGCGCUCGUCGGCGAGCACGCGCCCUACAUGGUGGCCACGUACGCGCGGCCGCCGCCCGUCUUUGUCCGGGGCGCGGGCUCCUGGCUGUACGACGAUUCGGGCCGGCCGUACCUCGACUUUACCGCCGGCAUCGCCGUCACGGCGCUCGGCCACUGCGACCCGGAAUUCACGGCGCUGCUGACGCAGCAGGCGCAGACGCUCGUCCACGCGUCCAACCUGUACCACAACCCCUGGACCGGCGCGCUGUCCAAGCUGCUGGUGGACGUGACGAGGGCGUCGGGCGGCAUGCACGACGCGGCCAGGGUGUUUGUGUGCAACUCGGGCUCCGAGGCCAACGAGGCCGCCAUCAAGUUUGCGCGCAAGGUCGGCAAGGUGCUGGACCCGGCGGGCGGCAAGACCGAGGUCGUCUCGUUUAACAAUGCCUUUCACGGACGCACCAUGGGCGCGCUGUCGGCGACGCACAACCCAAAGUACCAGAAGCCCUUUGCGCCCAUGGUGCCCGGCUUCAGGCAGGGCACGUACAAUGACGUGGCGGGCAUUGACGCGCUCGUGACGGAAAAGACGUGCGCCGUCAUUGUCGAGCCCAUCCAGGGCGAGGGCGGCGUGCAGACGGCCAGCGAGGACUUUUUGGUCGCGCUCGCCCGCCGCGCCCGGGCCGUCGGCGCCGUGCUCAUCUACGACGAGAUCCAGUGCGGCCUCGGCCGCACCGGCCAGCUCUGGGCGCACAGCCACCUGCCCAAGGAGGCGCACCCGGAUAUCCUGUCGACGGCCAAGGCCCUCGGCAACGGCUUCCCCGUCGGCGCCGUGCUCGUCAACGACGGCGUCGCCGACAAGAUGGCCGUCGGCGACCACGGCACCACCUUUGGCGGCAACCCGCUCGCCUGCCGCCUCGCCCACUACAUGGUCACCAAGCUGUCCGACCCGGCGCUGCAGGCCGACGUCCGCGCCAAGUCGGACGUUUUUCGCGCCGGCCUCGCCAAGGUGCGGGAGCGUUUUCCGGACCUCGUCAAGGAGGUGCGCGGCAGGGGCCUGAUUCUGGGGCUGCAAAUGACCGAGGACCCGGCGCCGGUGAUUAAAGCCGCGCGCGAGAGGGGCCUGCUGGUCAUUACCGCGGGCACCAACACGCUGCGCUUCGUGCCGAGCCUCAAGAUCUCGGAAGAGGAGAUUGGUAUUGGACUGGGGAUCCUGGAAGAGGCCAUUGCUGCGACCAGGAAGUAG